AUGGAUAGACGUUUUCUUGAUGCCUGUGGUUUGGAGACGCACGACAGCCUUUCCAACGAAUUAGACACAAUUCGAAGUGAAUAUUUUGGUCUGGACCUUAAUAAUAGCAGUGACAGCGAAGGACCUGAUGUCACGGCCGAUGAGACUUCAGGUCUAAGUAUAGCAGGUUCUUCGACUCAAGGGAAUGAUAGAGUUACCCCGGUCCUCGGUCAAAGUUCCACAAAUGAUGAUGAUUUCAUCACCCCAGUGCGGUCAUUACUAGAGACUGGAUGCGGUUGUCGAUAUGGCAAAAAUCAAAGCCCGUGCAUUCAAUCUUUUAGUUUGGAAGAGCAUUACGGAAUCGCGCCUGUAGAUACGCGUCGCUAGUAAAUGCACAUUUUUCUGUCAAUCAAAUGUGUCCUAUUAUUUGUAGGUGGAAAUUGGUAAAACAUCGUUAUUGUUUUGGAGACAAUAGAAGAACAAAAGAUAACAGGAAGAUCAAGUUAUGCGGUCUUAAAGCGUGUUGCGUGACUUAAAUCAGUUGGAGCAUUUCUCCUAGCUUUCCCGCAUUAAAACGUUGGAAUGAAAAGUCUGAAGCUUAGCUUUUAAAAUCUUGAUAGCCAAAAUAAAAGGGGUGCCCCAAAAGGCAAGCAUUUGGGAAUUCAAAAUCGAUAUUUUUGUCUCCAGCGAAAUCCGGCGGAUGAACAGUAAUUUGCAUAUAAGCGUAAGUGAAGCGAAAUAGAUACAAAUUGCCGUGGUUGUAAACACAACGUUUCCUCGAAGUUUUUUUCCUUUUGAAAGCGUAAAUUCGCAUGAAAGAGCUCAGCUUGCACAAAAUAAUAUAAAAUGAAACGAAUCAAAUCGAAAAGUGGUUAAAAAAAGUCAGGAUAUUUCAAUUCGAUGGAAAGUAAGUGAUUGGGUAGGUGAUUUGCAUACUGAUAAAAAUAACGUCUAGCGCAGUUCAAAACCGUUCGGCUUCCUGAAUUGUUUUUCUGGAAUUCUAUACAUUCUGCUGGCCUAAAUCGUUAAAAUAUGUUAUGAAGUCAAAAUAUUUAUCAAGUUGAGUGUUUGCAUUUCCUUAUAAAACAGAGAGUAGCGCAAAAGCUUGGAUCUAUAGGUUUUCUUAAGUUAAAUUACCUUUGUAUCGUGGAAACAAUACCCUAACACUUGAGUCUUGAAUCAAAGAACGCGACAUGCGUCGGCUCCCUUUGUGAGCACGCAAAUAGUCAUGGGACCCGCGAUUUUGCGGGCGAUACGAAUCUACAGGCGCCGUUCAGUAAUGGCUAGCUCAGCAUCGACUGAAUUGCAUUGAACUUUCUUCCACAGAACUUGAUCUGGUCGUUCUAGGCGCAUUGCAGAGCCAUAUGAAUUUCUCACUUGCAAACAAACACCAAAAAAUGAAUUACUUUUUUCGCGGAGUUCAAGUUUGCAAGACAACAUUUCUUUUUGUUUACUCCAUUGGGAAAUGUCGACUUGAUAAUCUAAAGACCCACUUGAACAAUCAUGGAGCGGUUCCGAGGACGCAUGGUAACACUUCGAGGUUACCAAAAAACACACUCGAACAUGAGGAUUUAGAUCGAACAGUGACAUUUAUUAAAAACUUUGCUACUGAUCAGGGAGUUUCCUUACCAGGUAGAGCUCCUAACUUUAAGAACUUGAAGGUGCAACUGCUCCCAUCAUCUGAGAGCACGGCAUCUGUGUGGCGCCAGUAUAAAAAGGCCUCAGAAGAGAAAAACGUAAGUGCGGUAAGCUACUCGAAGUUUGUUGAUCUCUCGAACACUUUAACACUGUAUAUUGUAAUAGUGACUCCAGCUACUGACCUUUGUGGUCUUUGCCAACUUAGAUAACCAAUACUAUCAAUGUGACUGAGCAAGAGAAAAUGGAUUGUCUUCGUGACCAAGAGAGGCAUUUGAACCAAGCGAAAGCUGAACGCGAAUUUAUGAAAACAAACAUUGCGAAGUGCAAGGAGUUAUUGAAAGGCAGUGGGGUAGAUCUCUUAAGACCUAGGACUAGGUGUUCUUUAAAGGGCUCUGUGCAUUAUUCUUAUGACUAUGCACAGCAAGUCCAUAUCCCUUCUAAUCCUCAGCAACCAGGCCCAUUAUAUUUAAAACCUCCUCGAAAAUGUGGCCUUUUUGGAGUGUUUUGCGAAGGGAUUCCCAGACAAGUGAACUAUCUUAUCGAUGAAGCAGUUUAUGUUGGAAAGGGUGCAAAUUCCACCAUGAGUUACCUACACGAUUUUUUUGAGUCACAUGGGGCUGGGGAAACAGAUGUCCACAUCAAUGCUGAUAAUUGUGGGGGGCAAAACAAAAAUUACUAUGUAAUCUGGUAUUACUGUUGGCGAGUUCUUUGUCGAAUGCACGAUUCUAUAUUGUACUCAUUUUUGAUUGCGGGUCAUACAAAGUUUAGUCCAGAUUGGUGCUUUGGGUUGACGAAGCAGUCAUUUAGACGAUGCUUCGUUUCUUCUCUUUUUGACCUCAUGGAGGUUGUAGAUAAGUCGACAUCAGUCAAGGGUGUCAACAUCGCUAAACUGUGUGGACUCCAUGAUGGCACCGUUUUAGCGCCAGUGUAUGAUUGGGUGACAUUUUUUGAACCGUAUUUUAAGAAAAUACCUGGAAUAAGCAACUUUCACCAUUUUCGCUUUCCUAAAGAGCACCCGGGCAUGGUUUUCUGCCGAACACAUGUUCACUCACCAGAAAUCGAAUUUCAAAUUCUUAAGGACCCCGCAGUGAAAUCUACGGCACACAAUCUGCCUCGCGUAAUCGUGCCAGUGGGCUUGAAUGAGGAAAGAAAACGUUAUUUGUACAGGGAAAUAAGAAAUUUCUGUCGCCCUGGGACAGAAAAUUUGGUUGCACCCGCUCCGUAA